AUGAGGCCCAGUCUUGCGCCCCUCAUUCUCGCUAUAUCUACUCUACCAUUUUCGAGAUCUGCACUAUGCGUCGUGUCCUGGAACAUGUCAUAUGUGCCUCCAGAAGGCUUGAGCGAUAUUUCGUUUCCCAUUAAUCUUUCGAGAGCGCCCCAUGUCGCUGGGUAUCAUUUUGCCCAGCGAGUCAAAUUUAAUGGCCAGUACUCGGUGGCAUACGCUGGGCUUCAGCCUCGAGAAGACUCGCAGUCAGGAGCCGCCAUUCUUCGCGGCGUAUUUUCGAGUUUUAUCCACGGCACAACUACCGCCGAUCCCAACUGCUCCGGUGGAGCCGAUGGCGGACAAGGUGUGAGCUGUGCUUAUGACUUUUCUGGCUCGUACACAGAUACCUGGGAUCUGAUCAUUACAAAUACUGCUGGGACGACUUGGGCCGGCAAAGCGGUGAAUUACGAGAACGGCACGGCGCACCACAUCGGCACAUUUACUCUGCCUGCAGGCACUGGGGGUAUUCAAGGAUCACAAGUCGGCUUCAUGGAUUAUUUCCCCUGGAAUACGAACUUGUCCAUGACUUGUGCGGAUCUUCCGCCCACAGAGUGUACAUUCUCUCCACCAACGACAGGCAGCUCGUCGAAUGGGUACUCUGUUGGUUCAGUGAGCGGGAGUGUGGAGAGGUGCGAGAACAAUGUGGAACAGAAGCCGACUUUGAAUGAGGGGGUGCGGUUUGCCAUUUUCUAA